AGCGUGUAUGACGUCACACGGAAGUACACAACCAGUACACGAAGCUUUCAAAUCGCAGUGUUAGUGGAUGUUUUGGAGCAUAUUUUUUGACAUCUCAUCAACGUAUGGAGACUGUACAAGAACAAACGACAAUAUUCCUGCCAAUAAUAGUUAAUUAUUACACAGAGUGCAGAUUUUCUGCGAUCAAAAUAGACGUAAUCUAUGGCCACUUCACUCCAGACUAAUAUACCAAAGUAGCGCAAGAAAAAGAAGAAGAGUAAGAAAGAUCAAGUCAUUUAAGUCAUGCGUUUUCGUGUAUUUUCAGUAUGGCUCGGAUCAGAUCGUCCAGGAUUCUUUCUAGGGACAACCCUGCUGAUAGCCCUCAUCUUGAUGGUGUACGCUGCAGGUCCCCAAGCCAGUCUCAGUUUAGGUCCAGGUGGAGAAUUUCCACGUUUCAGAGACGUGUUCCUGUACGCCCUCAAUCAUGAUGAUUCGCCCGCCUUGCUUGUCAGCGUUGUGUUGCUGCUGCUGUUGGGGCCACGUCAGGAGCGUCACUGGGGCACAGUCGCCUACCUAGCCCUUUCCGUUCUGACAAUGACUGUAUUACCUCUUAUUUACACGUUGGUCAUCUUUGUCUUCAGUCUCGAGGCCAGCCGAUUCUGUGGCUAUGCUGCCAUUCAUCUGGCAUUGUUAACAGCCCAGUGCCGUCACGUAUCAAAUAGGCGACUACAAGGCUGUUUGCCAGUUUGGAUUCUGCCCUGGUUGCUGCUGCUGCUUUUUCUGAUCAUGCUACCUGGCUCACCUGCCCUGCUUCAUUUCUGUGCCAUAUGCAUCGGUCAUAAUUAUAAUCACAGCUUCAUUGAAAUGCUACAGGAGCUGGAGAAAGCCAAUUUCCUGACCUUCAUUCCCUCUUCAGCGUAUAUUCCCACAUUGUGCAGACUAAGAUUGCCAACCUACAGCUCCUCGCAGAUUUCCAGGUCGCAAUCUCAAUUUAUGCAUGACAAUCAUGCACCCCCUUCCAUGAGGGACCCCUUAACAUUGAACCACCAUCCGUGGGAGGAGCCACUGUCUGUCUGGAGGCCAGAGUCCGAAGCAGAGGUUUUGGAAGAACACAUGCUGAGGGCCGGAAUACUUGCCUCCUUACAGAAUGCCCCAGAGGAAGUGGAUCAAAAAGUAGAAGUGCCAAAAUCAUCUGUUUCUGCACUGAGACUCCAGCAGCUGGAGAAGAUGGGCUUCCCCACAGAAAAAGCAGUAGUGGCACUUGCAGCCUCAAAACAGCUAGAUGACGUGAUUUCCUUACUCGUAGAUGACAGCAUUGGAGAGCAGGCUGUGGUCAUCGCAAAGGGGAAAAAGACCACCCCACCCAAAGGCCCCGAGAUGACUAAACACUGACAUGAAACCUGGAAAAACUGUUGGCCUUUAUACUCCAAACCGGACUGUUACUUAGAUUUUUGCAGAACUUGAACAUUACAUUUUUAUUUGUUGUGAAAUUAAUUCAUAUUGAACAUGAUUUCAGAGUUGGGCUGGGAAUUUGAGAUUUCCUUUAUGCAGUGCACUAUGGGGUUAGGGUUAGAAUUAUAUAUAUAUAUAUAUUUAUAGCUGUUAUGUUCAUCUUUAGACUACAAACUAGUUAGUUCAUUAAUUUCUAGACCCAAAUGUCCAAUAUUUAAACAGUGAACAUCAUUUUAUUACAGCGAUCAUCAGGAGACAGGAUUAUAUUAACACAUUUGCAAGAAAUAAAAAUUCAAAAGAAGAAGUUGUUAUACGACGGCAUACAAAACAAACUACGAUUGACAAUUUUAAAUACGUUCACAAUAAGCUUGAUUUACGGUGAAAAAUAAAACAAGUCUUCGGACAGCACCAAC